CCGGGGCUGGCCAUCGGCGCGCUGCUGCACGUCAACGACAUCCUGAGCGCGGACUUGCUGCCCGGGACGCUGUUCCUGCAGGAGGGACCCACCAACCAGACAGAUGCCAUGGCGCUUGCCGCCGCGGCGCCCCUCGCCAACCAGGACCUCAAGACCUACGGGGGCAACUGGAGCGACGCGUUCGUGACAAUGAACUUCCACAGACGCAUGAUGAACGAGUACCUCUGCCGCGGCUUCGUGGCGGAGCAGAUCCUGGGCGACAUGACGGGGGUGGGCCUCGCGUCCGACCUAACCGACACGGACGUGGAGGCGAGCCCGGACCCGGCCAACGCCGCGGCGCUCACCGUGACGGGGUUUGCCAUGACGCACGCCGCGGUCCCGCCGGCCCCCGCGCUCGGCGCCAGCACCUUCAACGUGCCGGGGCAGCACGUCGCCCUGCCCGGCCUGCCCCAAGGCCUACCCUCGCUGGGGAUGCACUCGCACGGCCUCAACCUGGCCUCUUCCAUCAACAGCUUUGCUGCGCCCGUCUCGUCCGUGCACGCACUCGGCGUCGGAGAGGACAGGAACCCGUUCGAGUACGGCGGCGGCGAGUACCUGGACGAGCAUCACGAACACCACGAGCACCACGAACACCACGAGCCCGAGUACGAGCACCACGAGCACCUGGAGAAAGGCCACCACAGCAAGAUGCUGUCUCUCAAGGAUCUCUUCGACCUGGUGCUCACCGCCAUCGCAUUCCUGGCCUUCGGGGCCUUCGCAGUCCAGCUCAUCAUGUACCUCAUAAUAUUACCGCAAAACAACAACAACAUGAUGAUGAUGGAGGUGCCUGCCACACCUGGUGGCGGAGAUGGCGACGGCGGAGACAACGGUGCAGGGGAGGGCGAAGGCGGGCGCCGGCGACGUCGGAGAGCGGCGCGCGGGCCGGGGGCCGCGACGCCUCUACUGCCGGCUGUGUCCCCCGAGAUGCUGAACCGCGCCGCGCAGAGGGUGCUCGCCUCCAUCGACGCCGCCAUGCUCGUCUACCGGGCACCGCGACGGCGAGCUGCAGGUCGCUCGCUCGGGCCGGACGCUUGGGCCGACAAGGCGCCGGACAACAGGGACUGCCUGCACCGGGCGCUCUGCAAGCACAACCGCUUCUCCAGGACCAUCGAGGGCCCCUUUCGUCUGUGGAUGCCGAUCUGGAGUGUGGGGAUGAGUUGGGUGGCUGGCCGCCUUUCCCCCGGGACCGCCGCGCCGGCCGUGGCCACCCUGGACAACCUGAGGGCCUCGUUGUUAAGUGCUCAUUUGUGA